CUGGCAAGAAUUAGACCCCAACUUCUCCUGUCCAAAUUUAACAAUGCCCGCGUGUAAUAAAAUCGAUUUGCUCGGCAUCGGAACCGGCCGGACUGUCGCUCUUACUUGCACCCGCCAUGAGACAUGGGGACCACCAGGUUCGUCCAUGAUCAGCCCGGAAUCCGUCGAGGAUGGGAUCCAAAGGUCUGUCUGACCCACUCCCCGAUAGAACGUUCAAUGCCGUAUCUGUAUCUGAUGACAGUCGUCGUGAACAGGCAGGCCUGGUCAACCUUCCACUGCGCCGAGUCUCGCUCGCAACCCCCUACUUCGUUUCUCUCCAUCGUCGAUCAUGUCCUAGAGGUGCACCUUAGACACACCAAAGCCGAAAUAGUUGGCGAUGGGUUGGUCAUUUUGGGCGACCUGUGUUGGACUUCCACCUUGUCCGAGAUGUCUUCGAUCGCCAGGUACCUGGCAGACCCCCAACGUCAUGAAUGGCUUGCAGUGUCCAUUGCAAUGGCCGACGGAAUCAAAGCUCCAGCCAACAAUGCUCCCGCUUUCACAAGAUCUCCCACACCUAGUGCUUCCACUCGAAGGGGCCUUCAAUACACUGGGGACAAUGGCAACCAUAAGCUAUCCUUUGUCGAUCCAGGUGUUUGUGGCCCUCGAGAAAUGAAGCCUGGAAUGCAGAGGCCCUCACAACACGAAGAACAGCCCCGAAACACCAUAGCUCAGAGCCUGCAAGUCAACGUGGAGACAACAUCAGGCUCAGCCACCUCUCUCGGUAUCGUGGAGUGCCUCGAUAAGCCCAAACCCACUCUUUUCCGCCCCCCUUCGCAGCAUUGAUGCCGAAAAAGUCGGAUUUCCCAGCUUCUGAGUGGGCACUUGACGGGACUCAAUCACUGUCCCUGCACUCCUCGCUAAGCACUGACGCCCUCAUGGCCUUCUCUUGUUCCAUAGUGAUCGCCAAGACCGCCAUGGCCAGCAGGUGAUUCAGUUCGACAGACACGACAUUGGAGCGUUACGUGAGCACAAGAGGAAGGUGGCUGGGCUGCAUGCUGAUAGGGUGGUACUGGCGCCGACUCUUAUAUGUCGAUAUGAAACGCCUUGCGCGAUGUGUGCGAUCAGGAUGGCGUUAGGGUUGAUGGCAUUAUGAGACUGCGUAUCAGCAGCAAUCACUUACUUUCCUCAAUACAUA